AUGACAAAUCCAUAUGAUGGCCUCCCUGAUCAAUGGACUAUUAAAAUCUCGAGAAAUUAUGAUCAAGAAUACUACUACAACCAAGAAACUGAAGAGUCUCGAUGGGAACCUCCUGAAGGUACAGACGAAACAAAGUUGAGCUCUUACUUAGCAAAGGGCUUGCAUAGACCAACCAAAGUCAAAGUCAGUCACAUUUUAGUUAAGCAUAAGGAUUCUAGAAGACCGGCAUCUUGGAAAGAAGAUCAUAUCACUCGAACUAAAGAAGAAGCUAUAGAUAUAUUGAGAGGUUACAAGUUAGAGAUUGACUGCGGUGAAAAGACCUUUGCAGAUGUUGCCCGAGAGUCAAGUGAUGAUAAUUCUCACGUCAAGGGAGGGGAUCUAGGCUAUUUUGGUAAGGGAGAAAUGCAGCCAAGCUUUGAAAGAGCCAGCUUUGCCCUCCAGGUUGGAGACAGGAGUGAUAUCGUUGAAAGCAAUAGCGGUGUUCAUCUCAUCGAGAGAACCGGUUGA